GCCACCGUCUCCUUUCUUCCGAAUUCUUUCAGUCCUUCAAUGAAGGGGCUGGACAAAGCAUAGGUCUGCGUCGGCUACUAGGAUAAAUAUUCGCAUAAGAUGUCUGAAGACGUGCCGAGUACGAAGACUAUGGUCGAGCCUGUUUCAUCUUCGGACGUCGACAAUGCCCACUUUCAAUCUCUUCUUCGGGUGGACAACGUGAAUGGGUUGACGUCGGAAAAUAUUGAAGACAGCAGUUAUGUUGCUGCUGAGACUGGGAAUGCAAAUGGUGUUUCUUCGGCUGCGAAGAAGAAAAAGAGGAGACGGACGAAGAAAAGUGGUGGUGGUGGUGGUGGUACGAAGAGCAGCAGCAAGGCUUCGAGCUCGGAUGGCAGCAGUGCGAAUAACAUUGGGAAUGGGAAUACGAAUGGGAGCGUUCUGUGUAUUAGCAGGAAUAAGCACUGGAAGUAUAUAAGUUCGUAUCAUGGACCAUGGCUGCAGCUCCCGGUUGAGCUGCUCGAGUCGUUACUCGCCCUCAACCUCGAUCCUACGACAAUCUCAAAUGAUACUCGUCCAACUUCACCUUCUUCUUGGGACGUCCCACCUCCCUCAUCCACUUCACAACAACAACGUCGCUUAACAGGUUUCUCCCGUCUAUGCGACCGAAGUAGUAACUCACUUCUCUCUCUCCCAUCUUCAACGUCCUCUUCCUACAGUUACAACUAUAACCACUGUUCUCGGCCUGUUUCACCAACACGAGCAAGUCUCGCACUCCCUCAACCGUCACCUUCACUAAUAGGCAAAGCCGCACCACCUCCCGUAGACCCAGGCGUCUUCCGUUCAGUCAUCAAUAUCCGACGUCUCAUUGACGAAGCGGCCGAACUCUCCGUAAGAGCUUCUUCAGGCCUCUCAGCCGCCGCUCUCGGGUCUUUACAGCCUCUUGGCGGUGGAAAUAACGGUACAGGUGGUGGAUCUGGAGGUGGUGUGAAUGGGAUAAAUGGAAGCUCGUGGACGGCCGCACAAGCUCUUGGACUAGGUUCUUUGAACGAUCUCAGUGGAAGUGGUGUAAAUAAUAACGGAGGAAGGAAUACUACUAUGUCUGCUACGCGCGUACACCGUUUACGUGCACUCGCCGUCCAAAAGCUGGCAGAAGCAUACAAAACAGAUGAGAUCGCUUCGAGUGUCAUGGUCAUGCAAAGAGGGACUGUAUUCGAUGAUAUUGCGGAGAAGGUGCUUAAAGUCGACCCGAAGAACGUUAAUGCGCGUUAUGUACAUUUCUUUCAUGAAAAGAUACCUUCGAGACAACUCGCAGAAUCGACGUCUACAGCUAUAUUAGAUCAGCUAAUGGCGGACAGCCCGCAACGACUGGAGUUCUACCGUACCCGAGGGAUAGUCCACUGUUUCAGAGACGAAUUCGUGCUAGCCGCGAAAGACUUUACACAUACCAUAAAAGAAUCCCGAGCUGUUCGUCGGGCACGUCUAGCUCAUAAUCCAGCACAAAGAUCCAACAGUGCCAAUCACCCGAAAGCAAAGCGUCGAAAAAACAGAGUCAACGGGCAGGCGCCACCGGACGGUACAGCAUCAGCGAUCGAGGGUUCCAGUGGCGAACAGCCUCUUAUCCAUCCUUCUGUCUUACCAGACGCACCGGACCCGAUAGAACUUCAGGCCCUGUUCCUUCGUGGCGCGACGUACUUCACACAUGCAUUAUACCUUAUCGAGGAAACGAUCUUCAAGCUCGAAGGAAUCCCGCGCAUCCCGCUUAACGAUUUCGGUGAAUUACAGUUAUCUAAUAUUCACGGAAAAUAUGGUGGGAUAGAAGUUAAUAACCCAGAUGGUCCACUUGGACGAUCGGAUGGUGUCAAGGCGCGUGCGUAUCGUUCGGCGUUCUGUGAAGGUACCAGUACCAGUACUGUCCGCGAGCAGGUUUGUGCGUUGUUGAGGAAAAGCAAACGGGACUACGAGAAGUUCCUUUCUCGUUUCGAUUCGGUGGAGCCUUCCGCUGAGAUGUACUGCAUGAUGGAGCCUGCGACAGACCCUUUACAAAAAGUUGAGCGCGGGUUCGCACUACUCGACAAGUUCCGUCCGAUUAAUCGAUCGCACGAACCUCUAUCACCCGAGGCCGAUGCACUGACGGACGUCCCACUCGCAUUCACGACGUAUCAUCCAUUCAUGCUCGAGUCGCAUUUUAAUAUCCUGAAUUGCCUGCUGUUGUUGGGAGAGUACGAGACUCUCUUAACUACGUUUGCAAACACGGCUGGUAUCGUUGCGGGAUUGGAAGGUUAUCCAGUAUUCCUUGCUCCUCGCUCGAUGGCGCAGGCGGAGUUCGUUGAGACGCUCGAACGACUCGCUGGUGGAUGGAAGUAUGGUAAACUGCCCAAUGCACUCGUCCGAUUCCGCACACGCGAUGCAUCUCCCCCUUGUUCGCAGGACGAACCUCCUCCAACCGCAUCAUUAACGCCUGUUUUGGUUGUUACAGAUGACGAUACGGGAAUCGCUUCGAGUUCGUCCUCCGCGGGACCCUCGACGUCGACGUCAUGCAGCACCAAAACCUCACCAGCAUCAGGUCGUCGUCCAUCUCUCAGCUCAGACGCCGACUUCGAUUCCUCACCACAACCUAUAGGGCCUCAGGAAACCAAGGUCGAGAACGACCCGCAAGCAUCCCUCCGCUCCUCACUCGAGUCCCUCCAUUUCCUCCUCGCACCUAUCCGUACACGUCUCCAUCUCCGCGCAGAACGCGAACGCAUCGCAAACGAAAACUCUAACGGCGCGAAAUCCGUCCCGUUGGGUCUCGCAUUGCACGGUGCUCGUGUGGAGGUGUUCCUCGCUUGGCUUGCUGCUGUGCAUUUGCCUGAGCUCGAGAGCGUUGCGUCAACAGUGUGA